GUGCGCUCGUGCCGAGUGAACAACCUUAUAGUCGCUCUGUCAAAACUUCAGCAUGGUUAUUAAAGUGUUUCUGGCUUCUUCCUCAGGAUCCACAGCGAUCAAAAAGAAGCAGCAGGAUGUGCUUGGGUUUCUGGAAGCUCUAAAAAUUGACUAUGCACAGCUUGACAUUGCCUCAAAUGAAGAAAAUCGCAUGUGGAUGAGGGAGAAUGUACCUGGAGAAAAGAAACCGUCUAAUGGAAUCCCACUUCCUCCUCAGAUCUUCAAUGAGGACAACUAUUGUGGGGACUAUGAAACGUUCUUUGAUGCCAAAGAGGACAACUCAGUUUAUGAAUUCCUGGGAUUGUCGCCUCCACCUGGCUUUAAGAAAGAUGUGAAUGCACAAGAGGAAGAGAACAAAAAUACACCUGUGGAGACUUCGGCAGGGGAGGAGGGAGGAGAGGAGGUAAAGGAAGAGGCUGUAGAACAUUUGGCACAGGAUCAGCCUACAGAAGAGUCUAAAGAGGAAGAAGAAGAAGUAGAAGAAGAAGAAGUAGAAGAAGAAGAAGUAGAAGAAGAAGACACAAGAGAAGGAGAAGAAGACAAAAUGCCACAUUCAGAGGAGGAAGACCAGGAAGGCGAAGUAGAAGAAGAAGAAUAUGAACAGGGAGAAGAGGACUUGAUGUCUGAGGAGGAGGAAGAACUUCGACAGCUUGAGGACGAAGAAGAGGCGCAAGCAUCGGAGGAGGGAGAAGUGGCUGAGGACUGAACAUGGGACACUGAGUAUUAGGACGAUUAAGAUUUUAGUUUCAUUAAUAUUGACUCAUACUCACCAUGACACCGAGCCUCUGUUUGAAGACCAUGAAGAUGUUUAGUGCAGGACAUUUUCUACACAACAGUCCUGGAGUGUGUGUUGCCAUGGACACUUUCUGGAACUUUGUGGACAUGAACAUCAGCACCAUUAGUGUUGAACAGAUCUGCUGUUUUCCUUCCUAUUUAGCUUCCUUUUGUCUUUGUUUUUUUAAUUCUGAUCAAUUUGAAGGAAGGAAAUUUUGUACUAUCUAAAGGUGUAAUGGUUUAACACGUACUGUGGCAUCACUUUUCUCAGCAUGUUUUAUGUUUUAGAAGAUGUUACUACUGUUUUAGAAGAUAGAACUGAACAUAUUGGAGUCUGUUGUAGUUCUAGGAACGUAUAAUUAGUAGUGUGUAACUGACAGGGUGGAGGCUGGAAGUAAACUGAAAAGAAAAAAAAAAGGAAAUACAGCAUCCCUUUAUCAAUGAUGACAUCAUUUAUCAACACACCUUUACAAAAGAUUGCAUUGAUAUUAUUGCAGUGUUUCUGUCCUUUCUCUCCUUCAUGAAGCUCAGUUUGUAAGGCUGCAGCAAGAUGUCAGUAAUAAGGCAAGUUUAAAUGAAUUAAAUGAAUCUAUCUACAUUUGUAUGAACUGAAAGCACUUUUGUUUAAUACGAAUUGCUAAAAAUACCUGAAUGCCAUUUAAUAAAAUGCUGUCUGUCAUUUUAUGUACAUUAUUUACAUUAAGUUAUGAAUAUAAUAAAAUAGAAUAAAACCAAUUCUAAGAAAAGAAUAAAGGGAAAAAACAAAUUAU